AUGAUAAAGCCGGAAACAGGCAUAAGGCCUGGUACAAUCGAACAAAGCCUAAAAACUGCUAGAACCGCUAAAACUGCAAGAGCAGCAUCGUCGAGCUCUGCACGCCAUGUUCGUCUUGGAACUGCAUCAAUGGUGACGCAACCGAACGGGCCCUUUAUAAAUUUAUCUCGGCUUAACGUCGCAAAAUAUGCUGUCGAUCCACUGCUGAAUAAACUUCUAUUUAGUUUCGUAUUCUGUUGCGAGGGAGACAUAAAAAUUGCUCAUCAGAUUGCUUCAACUGCAGCAAAAACUGUAGAGGCAAGAGACUGGUUUUGGCAGAACCAGCUUGGAAAGUGCUAUUACCGUCUCGGAAUGUUCACAAAAGCAGUAUCUGAAUUUCAAACAUCUCUGCAGAUUCAAACAGUGCCUGAGACGUAUGCAUUCCUUGCAAAAGUUUAUAAUAGAAUAGACCAACCAUUAUUGGCCAUCGAUCAGUACACAAACGGACUUAAGAUAUACAAGAACGAUAUAACUCUUUUAACUGGUCUCGCGCGAGUUUACGAGGUAUGUGUGCUAUAAAA